UGGUGUGAAAAGACAUGUAAUAAGAGAUCUUCGGUACCAGCUGAGGGACGAUGCUGGGGGCAGUGAGGUUGCUGUGGUUCUUCCUUGGCCUGGCACUGUGGAGUGAAGCCAGCUUGCCUCCACACUCCCUCCAGUACUAUCGCCGUGCCUCUGUGUUUGCUGACCUCAGUGUCACCGAGAUACAGGCAGUGAGGAACUAUCUGGUAUCUCAGAAGCAUCUCAACCUCUCCUCUGCCAGAACACUGACACUCAGGAAAAACUACAUCUUCCUCAUCGAGCUGCAGCCCCCCAAAAAGCAGGAUGUGCUCCAGUUCCUGCAGGGAUACAUCUGUCCCCCAAAACGUGAGGCCAGGGUGGUGAUCUUCUUUGGUGCUGAGCUAGUCCCCAGAGUCACUGAGUAUGUGGUGGGACCACUGCCAUUGCCCCGGCAUCACCACCCUGCCAGGCCAAGAGGCAGAAGCUCCAUCAAGUUCACGUCCCGACCCGUCACAUCGGUCGAGUACCAGUUGUUGUACAGGAAGCUGGCCCAGGUUACCAAGGUGGCCACCCCACUGCUGAAGGAGAUCAGCGGCGCCUGGUUCCACAACUGCACUGACCACUGCCUGACCUUUACUGACGUGGCCCCCAGAGGGGAGAAGUCAGGGGACAGAAAGUCCUGGUUCAUUAUCCAGCGAGAUGUGGACGCUUUCUUCAUCCACCCGAUUGGCUUGGAGAUCCUGCUCAACCACAAGAGCACUGACCCCAGGCUCUGGACCGUGGAGAAGGUCUGGUACAAUGGCCAGUACUUUGACAGCGUGGAACAGUUGGUGGAGAAGUACAACAGAGGGCUGGUGGCUACGGUCAAACUGCCCGAACUCCACAAGGAGAACCUCUUCUCCUCCUACCGUCCUCGCGGACACUUCCAAACCCAAACCAGUACCCGUGGGCCCCAGGCCUGGCAGCCACAUGGCCAGAGGUACUGGGUGAAGGGGAACUCGGUCCUUUACGGAGGCUGGAGCUUUGCCUUCCGAGUCCGUUCGUCCACAGGCAUCCAGCUCUUUGACAUCCAAUUCAAUGGUGAGCCCAUCGCCUAUGAGGUCAGCCUGCAGGAAGCUGUUGCCUUCUACUCCGGCCACAGCCCCGCCACCAUGCAGACCAAGUACAUGGACGUGGCCUGGGGAAUGGGGGUGAGAGGGUACGAGCUGGCAAAGGGCAUUGACUGCCCGGAUUUUGCCACCUACAUAGACACCUACCACUUCUUCGACAGUGACCAACCUGUACGCUACAGGAAUGCCCUGUGUAUAUUCGAGUUUCCCACUGGGGUCCCUCUGCGCAGGCAUUUCAGCAAUAACUACAAUGGAGGCUACAACUUCUACGCUGGUUUGGAGGGUCAAGUAUUGCUGCUGAGAACCACGUCCACUGUCUUCAACUACGACUAUAUCUGGGACUUCAUCUUCUACCAGAACGGGGUGCUGGAGGUCAAGGUCCACGCCACGGGCUACAUCCAUUCCUCCUUCUUCACUCCUGAGGGACUCAACUAUGGCAUCAGGGUCCAACAGAAUUUGCUGGGCAACCUGCACACCCAUCUGGUACACUACAGGGUGGACCUGGAUGUGGCAGGAAUCCACAACAGUUUUGAAACUUUGGAGCUGAAGCUGGAGAACAUCAGCAACCCUUGGAGUCCAGGAGCCCACAUUGUGCAGUCUCGACUGGACCGGGUACAGAGGGCUCGUGAGCGGUCAGCUGCCUUUGCUUUCCGCAAACCGCUGCCCAGGUAUCUGGUCUUCUACAACCCUACACAGCUGAACAAGUGGCAGCACCCACGGGCUUAUCGCAUCCAGAUCAACUCCCAGGCUGACCGUGUCCUGCCUCGGGACUGCGAGGAGGAGAAGGCAAUUACCUGGGCAAGGUAUCACUUAGCUGUCACUAAAUUCCGGGAGAACGAAUGUUGCAGCAGUAGCCUCUACCUGCAGAACAACCCCUGGGAUCCCAAUGUCAACUUCGAGACAUUCAUUCACAACAACGAGAACAUCACCAACCAGGAUCUGGUUGCCUGGGUAACAGUCGGCUUCCUACAUAUCCCCCAUGCAGAAGACAUUCCUAACACCAGUACUCCAGGAAAUGCUGUGGGAUUUCUCCUCCGCCCCUUCAACUUCUUCCAGGAGGACCCAUCAGUGGCUUCACCGGACGUGGUUAUUGUUCAGCCAGAUCUUGGAUGUGCACGUGGGGUGAACAUCGAGAGAUGGACGGAGUUCACAAGUCCCCAAUGCCCAGUCACUCGUCCCUUCACCUACAAUGGCACCUACCUACCGGUCUGAGGAGUACUGCCCGUGGCCUGGCAGGGCUGAGAAUGUAAUCAACACCCGCAGUUCUUACCAAACCC